UAUAUGCAAACCUCCACAUAAAAAUAUCUCAAACCCAAACACUUCAAACAAAAAAAAAAUGGAGAACAACAACAACAACCACCAACAGCCACCGAAAGAUAACGAGCAACUAAAGAGUUUCUGGUCAAAGGGGAUGGAAGGUGACUUGAAUGUCAAGAAUCACGAGUUCCCCAUCUCUCGUAUCAAGAGGAUAAUGAAGUUUGAUCCGGAUGUGAGUAUGAUCGCUGCUGAGGCUCCAAAUCUCUUAUCUAAGGCUUGUGAAAUGUUUGUCAUGGACCUCACGAUGCGUUCAUGGCUCCAUGCUCAAGAGAGCAACCGACUCACGAUACGGAAAUCUGAUGUUGAUGCCGUAGUGUCUCAAACCGUCAUCUUUGAUUUCUUGCGUGAUGAUGUCCCUAAGGACGAGGGAGAGCCCGUUGUCGCCGCUGCUGAUCCUGUGGACGAUGUUGCUGAUCAUGUGGCUGUGCCAGAUCUUAACAAUGAAGAACUGCCGCCGGGAACGGUGAUAGGAACUCCGGUUUGUUACGGUUUAGGAAUACACGCGCCACACCCGCAGAUGCCUGGAGCUUGGACCGAGGAGGAUGCGACUGGGGCAAAUGGAGGAAACGGUGGGAAUUAAUAUUUGGAUUGGGUUUUGUAACCGCUGUUGUGAGAACUUGAAUUUCUUUUUGAGUUCUGCUUAUGUUUUCAAUGUUAUGUUUUUUAGUUGUUGAAUGUAUUUCUGUUGUUUUGUCCAAAAAAAAAAAAGAAUGUAUUUCUGUUGUUGUCUUUCAAAUGAAUCUAAUGGUUUAUGAA